AUGGCUUUCGAAGCCAUCUCACAUUCGAUCCUUCCAGUCACCCUCCCAUCACCAGCCACCAUAAUCGCCAAAAUAGCACGUUUCGAAUGGGAGCUGCCUCAUAUUGAACAGGAAGCAGGAGCAUAUCAGUUGCUUGAGGGUCCCGGGCUGGCCCCGCGCUUCCUCGGCCAUGAGAAUGGGCGCAUCAUGGGGCUUCUCAUGGAGAAAAUAGAGGGACGCUCUGCCUCCUUCCAGGAUCUGAGCAUCUGCAAAACAGCUCUAGGGAAACUUCACGAAUUAGGACAUGCACAUGGGGAUGUGAAUCGACACAACUUUCUCGUCACGGAAGAGGGCGUAAAACUACUCGACUUUGAAUGCCUCCUGGAGAAUGCUAGCCCAAAGUCAAUGCGUGGGGAGUUGGAGAGUUUACGUGCCGAAUUAGUUAACGAGUCAGGACGCGGUGGAGGUUUUAUUCUUCAGGGUGGUAGCAAUUGA